GUCAAGAGGAGCUGAGCAAUAGUUAAACAACUAUUAUGUUUCUGUUUCAGUUAAAAGAAGAUGUUGAUAAGACGCGGAGGCGACGCAGGCAGCCAGGUGGUAGGGCAGCGGCGGCAGUAGUCGAGCUGCGUCUGUGAGUAGAUUAUUGUGGGAGGAAAUAUGGUGUGGAUGAGAGGCUGCAGGUCGAGGAGGGAUUCCUGUGUUGUCUUGAGGUCAAGGGAAACCAGGCAUGAUACUGCAGGUGGAAGAUGUCGGUGAGAAGGUGGAGGCUGGCGCGCGCGUCACGUACUGCCUCACACCGGCAGGGAGGGCGGAGCCACGGCUCGGGCAGCUGCCAGAGCCACCACCCUCCUGCAACAUCAACUUGCCCUCAACCUCCUUCAAUUCCUCCGCCUGCUGCGAUGCCGUCGCCGACUGCUGCGGGUACCCGACCACCGCCAUCUACGCCGUUCUGGGCUUCUCUAGAUGCUGGUGGAAAUACUCAGUGACGUUAACGUCGCCGAGAGAGCACGCCAGUGACGCCAUGGAUGAGGGCGUGGCUACAGCGUCGCGGGGCGGGCCUGAGGUGACAGGAGUCGGCUGGUCGCUGCCAUGUAGUCUCUCUUCUCUCCUGGCCAUGAACUGCCGGGCGCGGGCGGAGGGACUGGCGCGCAGAUUGCAAUCCCGUGUUCGAAUCGGCUCGAACGGUUCCUCGGCGUUCGAGGAAACGUCCCUGGUGAACCCGGGACCCGAGGACCACUAUGCGUCCAUGGAGUACCGGCACUCCACACAGGGCCCCGAGGACCACUAUGCAGCCUUGGAGUACCGGCACUCGUCCUUCGACGGCACGCACAUGGAUCUUCUGGAAGAUUCGAAACUUCGUCCCAUACACGUAGUGACAUCAGAACCAACGUUACAUCUGUGUCUGCCUUCACCGCCCCCCCUUGGCAACCUGCCCGAGCAGGACUCCGAUGUGUACUAUGACUUCGACCUGGCGAGCCCAGACGAGGUGCUGGAGGGCGAGGAGGAAGACGAGGAGGAACAGCAGCAGCAGCAGCAGGCGCAUCAGCAGCAGCAGCAGGAAGUCGAGGAACACCAACAUAAUGAAGCCGGUGAGAGGCCCGAGAGUGGCUGUGUCACCUCUGUCACCUCCCCCGUCAUGUUCGACAACGAGAGAGAUGACGAGGAGAGUGAGGAAGCAGACUCCGCGACCCCCGGAGAGCUCUUCCCGCCGGAGGAGUCCCUGGUCUGCUCUCCUGACGCAGACCUCCGCGCUGUCAGGCAACUGCUGUCCUACUCCUCUCUUACCGACGCCUUGAGCUCCACGGCUGAGCCAGCUGCAAACUACGGCGCUUGUAAACAGGCUGACAACUACGGCAUUUAUGAACAAGGUGACAACUCCGGCACUUGUGAACAAGACACGGACUAUAGCACUUGUGCACAAGUUGACACUAGCAAUUUUGAAAAUGUUGACAGCAGUAAUUAUGAACACGGUGACAACUACGGCACUUGUGAGGAAGGUGGUAAAUACGGCACUUGUGAAGACACUUGUGAAGUAGUUGACAACUACGGCAUUUGUGAAGAAGUUGACAACCACGACACUUGUGAGGAAGUUGACAACCACGACACUUGUGAAGAAGUUGACAACUACGGCACUUGUGAAGACACUUGUGAAGUAGUUGACAACCAUGACACUUGUGAGGAAGUUGACAACUACGGCACUUGUGAAGACACUUGUGAAGUAGUUGACAACCAUGACACUUGUGAGGAAGUUGACAACUACGGCACUUGUGAAGACACUUGUGAAGUUGACAACCACGACACUUGUGAAGUUGACAACCACGACACUUGUGAAGUUGACAACUACGGCACUUGUGAAGUUGACAACUACGGCACUUGUGAAGAAGUUGACAACCACGACACUUGUGAAGUUGACAACCACGACACUUGUGAAGUUGACAACUACGGCACUUGUGAAGUUGACAACUACGGCACUUGUGAAGAAGUUGACAACUACGGCACUUGUGAAGAAGUUGACAACUACGACACUUGUGAAGUUGACAACCACGACACUUGUGAAGAAGUUGACAACCACGACACUUGUGAAGUUGACAACUACGGCACUUGUGAAGAAGUUGACAACCACGACACUUGUGAAGUUGACAACUACGGCACUUGUGAAGUUGACAACUACGGCACUUGUGAAGAAGUUGACAACCACGACACUUGUGAAGUUGACAACCACGACACUUGUGAAGUUGACAACUACGACACUUGUGAAGUUGACAACCACGACACUUGUGAGGAAGUUGACAACUACGGCACUUGUGAAGUUGACAACCACGACACUUGUGAAGUUGACAACUACGGCACUUGUGAGGAAGUUGACAACCACGACACUUGUGAAGUUGACAACUACGACACUUGUGAAGUUGACAACCACGACACUUGUGAAGUUGACAACUACGGCACUUGUGAGGAAGUUGACAACCACGACACUUGUGAAGUUGACAACUACGGCACUUGUGAAGUAGUUGACAACCACGACACUUGUGAAGUUGACAACCACGACACUUGUGAAGUUGACAACUACGACACUUGUGAAGUUGACAACCACGACACUUGUGAAGUUGACAACUACGGCACUUGUGAAGUUGACAACCACGACACUUGUGAAGUUGACAACCACGACACUUGUGAGGAAGUUGACAACCACGACACUUGUGAAGUUGACAACCACGACACUUGUGAAGUUGACAACCACGACACUUGUGAAGUUGACAACUACGGCACUUGUGAAGAAGUUGACAACCACGACACUUGUGAGGAAGUUGACAACCACGACACUUGUGAAGUAGUUGACAACCACGACACUUGUGAAGUUGACAACCACGACACUUGUGAAGUUGACAACUACGGCACUUGUGAGGAAGUUGACAACCACGACACUUGUGAAGUUGACAACUACGGCACUUGUGAAGUAGUUGACAACCACGACACUUGUGAAGUUGACAACCACGACACUUGUGAAGUUGACAACCACGACACUUGUGAAGAAGUUGACAACCACGACACUUGUGAAGUUGACAACUACGGCACUUGUGAACAAGUUGACAACUACGGCACUUGUGAACAAGUUGACAACUACGGCACUUGUGAGGAAGUUGACAACCACGAUCCUUGUGAACAAGUUAACAACCACGGCACAUGUGAACAAGGGGACAAUUACGACACUUCUGAACAAGGUGGGAACAGCAAUUGUGAACAACGUGACAAAUACGGUACUUUUGAACAAGGUGACAACAGCAGUUGUGAACCAGGUGACAACAAGGUGACUAGUGAACAAAGCGAACCGUGUGUACAAAGUGAUGAACACGAAGUUGCAGGUUGUGAGCGGCGUGGUUGUGCAUGUGCAUGUUGUGAUAGUGAGCAGGGAGCACACGAGGGCUCCACUCAGGUGGCUGGUGUGGAACCUUUACCUGUGUCGGGCACAGAGGGCGCUGGCGAAGCUGUGCCCGGGUGGUGUCCCACGACGGGUUCAGCGCUUGUGACUUCGCCAGUCGCCAAGUCGGGGCCUGAUCAGUGCCACGCUUCUCGCGGCACUGCGCCGGUAGGGCCGACCCUCUCACCCGACUCCAAUCCCAGUGGCAGCACGCUCACCCACUGUGCUUCGAACGCGUACACAAACAGUGAUCAGGAAAUCAGUGAAGCAUGUAGAGUGGAACACUGUGUGAUGAUCGAUAAUGAAGGUCAAAACAAAGUCGACGAAGGUCACGAACCAACCCAGGAGUGGGAAGGAGUGGACGGGCAGAGAGCAGCAGGGUUCGUGGCUAGCGUGACAGUCAAAUACUCAGUCAUCGAGACUGGGUUUACUGACGGUGAUGGUAAACCAGAGAUGGCACCCCGCUGGGACGAUGAAACUAUCGUGAAAACUUCCCCAGAAAUCGAGGCUGUCCCCCGGGCUAUUUCUGGCUGGACGCCCCCAGUUGCCGAUUCUCACCUCUACACGCCCUCUGAGGAGCCUCGGGCCGCCAUGGAGGCACGGGACGAUGAGGCUGACCUUAGAGUACAUGACGAGAUAUUCUCCAUGGACUUGGACAACGAAGAGAUUGAAACAUUAGACGAAGAUGCGGAAGGGAAUGAAGAGGAAGUGGAAAACGAAGAAGAUAUUGAAGAAGAGACGAUAUUAACGGGGAAGUUCCGCAACAUCCGGGGCUAUACCGAGAGGGUUCGGCGGCUAUCAGAGGAGGCUGAGGACCGGCCGCCAUCUGUGACUGUCAUUUCGUAUGAAGAAGAGAGCAUGUCUCAGCCUGAGGAAGCUAGUCAAGUCGCAGAAGUCAAAGACGUGGUUGAGGAGCACGUGUGCAGCGUCGAGCUGGCCUCCCAGCUAUCAAAUCUGCAGGUGGAAGAUGUAGGCAUCCAGGUAGAUGCAGGCGACACUGAAGAGUCCUCUGACGAGGCCGAAAAUCGUUCGUCGGAAGAAACAGAUCCGGAAAGAGUUGAAGAUUUUAAGAUGCGGAUUAAGCGCUCAUCGUCCCUCAAGUGUGGGAAGACCCCGCCGGGCACUCCGGGGCGAAAGAAAAUAGUACGCUUCGCCGAUAUGUUGGGUCUUGACCUGGCAGCGGUGCGGACUUUCCUCGGGGGCGGCGUCCCCCACGUGCCCCGCUCCGCCUUCUGGGACCUCCAAGUGGAAAACGAGGCAGCCGCAGCGUCCUCUGGCUACACUUGCCAAGUCACAGAGCCUCCUAUUCCCAGGCGGUUGCUGACACCUCUCUUCCAGCAACCGGGAACACAAAUCAACUUCCUGGAGCGGGUGAGGAACCAGCGGGUUGUGGUGGAGAACGUUGAGGUCGGGGACGAUAUGAGUGUGCGAGGCUUCGUCCGGGUCCUCAAUCUUGACUUCCACAAGAGUGUGUGUGUGAGGUAUACCUUCGACCACUGGCGCAACUUCCAUGAGGUGAGUAUCGUUGUUUCAUUUUUGUUUACAUAUCGUAAGCAAGUCCAGAGAUAUUGUAUUCACUUGGGCAUAAAGUAUGCAGACGAGUUUCCAAACUGUUGAAAAAAUCCAUAUCGA